GAGGGGGUAGGACUGAGUUUAAUUAUCGAGGGGGUGGGCUGUGGGCCUGAGCCCUGGCUCUUUGGAGCGCCUAGCAACACACCCCUGCUUCCAGGCCCUGUCAGAGGGCAGGCCAAGAAUGCUGCGGAGCAAGUUCUCCUCCCCUUGAGUGGCUCCCGAGUUCCCACGGUGGGGUGUGACGCCGUUGGCUCCUUCCAGUGCAAAUCCUGCUGGAGCGGUGAUGGCACGGGAGGGGCUGAGCUGAUGGGCGGAACAAUGGCCUGUGCAUCCCAUUCCGCCUCUAUUGUGUGCCAAGCAGAACUCGGAUGCUUCCAGGCCAAGGCGGUGUGUUGUUGGCUCCCUUCUCCUGUGGCCGGUGGAAUCGUCGUCAUGGAUGAUGCACCGACUGAGCAUACGGGUGGCUCUGUGCAUAAUAGGACCUCAGGAUGGGCACGAACUUACUAGAGCGUGAGGGAAUCCUAAAAUAAUCCACUGCAUAAGGGAACUGGAAGAAGAUCUCUUGUGACUUUUCAAAUAAGGAGAGGCGUCUCCUCAUGUGUCGGACUCUUCCUUCUGGCUAAGGGAGGAAGCCAGAGUCCAGGGCAUCGGGCACCCUGGAUAUGGACUCCUCUCCUCUCUUCCUGCUUCCACCAGGAGGCUGAUGGACUCCUUCCCUUUCCAGGCGACAGGCCGCUGGGGGCCUCCUUCCGCCUUCCCCCCGUGGGGCGUUGCAGCUGAGAUGAGGAAUUCAGACGAGCAAGUGGCCACGACAGUCUUACAGCGCUUGCUGCAGGAGCAUCUCCGCUAUGGGAACCCGAACGACAGCCGCAGCCUCCUCGCUUUGCACCACCAGGCCACGGGCAACGCGCCCCCUUUUGCCAGCGGGGGGAGCCCCGGGGCGGCCAACGAAGGGCUGAGCCCCCAGGACCACCAGGCGGGGACCCAUGUGGCCCGCCAGGAGCCCCAGGGCCAGGAGAUCCAGCUGGACAACAGCAUCAUGGAGAAGCAGCUCUCCCCACGGCUGCAGAACAGCGAAGACCUCCCCACCUACGAGGAAGCCAAAGUCCAGUCUCAGUAUUUCCGGGGCCAGCCGCACGCCAGCGUUGGGGCAGCGUUUUACGUGACAGGCGUCUCCAACCAGAAGAUGAGGACUGAAGGGCGCCCCACGGUGCAGCGCGUGAGCCCCGGAAAGGUCCACCAGGACGAAGGACUUAAAGACCUUAAGCAAGGCCACGUCCGCUCCCUGAGCGAGAGGCUGAUGCAGCUGUCGUUGGCCACCAGCGGGGUCAAGGCCCACGCUCCGGUCACGAGUGCGCCGCUUUCUCCACUCUCCUCCCAGCAGACCAACGACUUGUACAAGAACUCUGGGCCAGCCCCUCCCCAGCCAAGCAUGAAGGGGAUGGAGCACAGGGGGCCCCCUCCAGAGUAUCCCUACAAAAACAUGUCCACCCCGCCCAUGAGCUGUAAGCCACAGGAGCCUGGGCACUUCUACAGUGACCACCGCAUGGCCCAGCCAGGGAGGUCCGACGCGCCCAUGAUGAGGUACCAGCAUCCGCCAGAGUACGGGUCUGUCAGGCAACACCCGGACCUCCCGCUCCAGCUGCAGUUGCAACAGAGGCCGCCCCACCACCACAGCCCCACGUCUUCGCUAGCAUCCUUGGGGUCUCUGACACUACUGCAGUCGCUGCCGCCUUCCAGGCUGUCUCCCUCCCAGCAUCAGUCGCUGCUCACACCCAGCCAGGCAGACCCCUUCUCUCUGCCACGGAUGCAGCCGCUUUUCUUGCCCAACCAAGUCCACCAGGGAGACCUUUAUCGCCUCUGCCAGCCGGUUCUUGGGCAGCAGCAGCAGCAGCAACAGCACCAGCCAGGAGAUUCCUACUCGGCAAUGCCAAGGCCGCCUCCAGCUCCUUCCCCCUAUCAGCAGAUGCCAGUCGACCCCUUUGCCAUCGUCUCCAGGGCCCAGCAGAUGGUGGAGAUCCUGUCGGACGAGAACAGGGCUUUGCGGCAGGAGCUGGACGGCUGCUACGAGAAGGUGGCAAGGCUACAGAAGCUGGAAACGGAAAUUCAGCAAGUUUCGGAGGCCUAUAAGAACCUGGAGAAGUCAUCCUCAAAGAGGGAAGCCUUGGAGAAGGCCAUGAGGAACAAGUUGGAAGGGGAAAUCCGCAGGCUUCACGACUUCAACCGGGACCUCAGAGAACGUAUGGAUACAGCCAAUAAGCAGCUUGCAGAGAGAGAAUUUGAGGGCUCCGAGGAUAACAGGAAAACCAUCUCGCAGCUCUUUGCACAAAACAAAGAAACUCAGAGGGAGAAGGAGAAGCUGGAGGCCGAACUAGCAGGGGCUCGCUCCACCAAUGAGGAACAGCGGAGGCACAUAGAAAUCCGUGACCAGGCCCUGAACAGUGCCCAAGCCAAGGUGGUGAAACUGGAGGAAGAGCUGAAGAAGAAGCAGGUGUAUGUCGAGAAAGUGGAGAAAAUGCAGCAGGCCUUGGUUCAGCUGCAGGCAGCCUGCGAGAAGCGUGAGCAGCUGGAGCACCGGCUCCGGACGCGGCUGGAGAGGGAGCUGGAGUCACUUCGCAUGCAGCAGCGUCAGGGAACGUCUCAGCCUGCCAACGUCUCGGAGUACAACGCCACGGCCCUUAUGGAGCUUCUGCGGGAAAAGGAGGAGAGGAUUCUCGCUCUGGAAGCGGACAUGACGAAGUGGGAGCAGAAGUACCUGGAAGAAAGUGUGAUGAGGCAGUUUGCGUUGGAUGCGGCCGCUACUGUUGCUGCACAGAGGGACACCACGGUCGUCAGCCACUCGCCCAACGCUAGCUACGACAUCUCCGUGGAAGCGCGCAUCCAGAAGGAAGAGGAGGAGAUCGUGAUGGCAAACAGGAGGUGCCACGACAUGGAGGGCAGGAUCAAGACUCUCCAUGCUCAGAUCAUUGAGAAGGAUGCCAUGAUCAAGGUCCUCCAGCAGCGGUCCCGGAAGGAGGCCAGCAAGACGGACCAGCUCUCUUCCAUGCGGCCGGCAAAGUCCUUGAUGUCCAUCUCCAACACAGGGUCUGGCUUGCUGUCCCACUCCUCCACGCUGAGCAGCACCCCCAUUCUGGAAGAGAAGAGGGAGGACAAGAGCUGGAAAGGCAGCUUAGGCGUUCUGCUGGGAACGGAAUGCCGCUCAGAAUCCAUCCCUUCCACCCCCUCGCCCGUUCUCCCUUCCACUCCACUCCUGUCUGCGCACUCCAAGACGGGCAGCCGGGACUGCAGCACCCAGACGGACCGGGGCAGUGAGCAGAACAAGGCUCCCCUGCCCUCGGCAACACCUCCCGGGCAGGGCAGACUGUCUUCAAUGAACCUGACCUACAGUUCAGACAAAACAGAUGGGUCAGUUUUCCAUUCCAGCACACUAGAAAGAAAAAACCCAGCUCAAAAUUUGGGGCAGGAGCUUGGCGAUGCAGAAAUGGUGGAGUAUCUCAUCUGAACACACACGUGGGUGGAGCUGGUGGAGGAAGGAUCGUGUCGCCCUUUUCUUUUCUUUUUCACAGGACUUCAAAGAAAAAUUAGCCAAUUGUAGUAACUGACUCAUAAAGGAACCAACAGUUCUUGUAAAUACUUUCUCAAAGGUAUGGACAAGUUAACUUAUAAUUUGUUCCAAAAUGAUAAAAGUAGUUUUUGCUCUUUUUAAGAAGAUUCUUUCACCUCCCAUCUUUUUUUAAUAUACUGGAUUUGGUAGCAUCUGGAGAAAACCAACGUCUUAAAUGCACUAAAAUUUUAAAAUGUCAGUAUUUUUAAAAACUUGUAUUUAAGAAAGGAAAAAUCCUUGUUGGGUGUUGAUGUCCACAAUGCCUUUAAAAAGCCUGAUACCUCCCAGGAUUUUCAGUGGCCAUAUAUAAUAUCAUGGUGCUGUCAUAUUUUUUUUUUAGCGGUGUUUUUAAGUGCCCUGAACCUUCAGGUAUUCCGAAGAAUUGUCAUAUGACCCUCCAAGAGACAGAAAGGAACCUUCUCACAUUCUUGGCUCUCCUUGUGUGUGUCUAUGUUCACAAAACAUUCCAGGACUGGAAAAAUGUUGAUUUUUCCACAAUGUGGAAAUCAACAAUUUCCCACAGUGAUAGAUCAAUAUAUAUUUUUUCUUGUUUGUAUCAUUCUGUCUUUGGAUAUCCUUGAGAUGAAAGGGGACUCUGCUAUUUCCAUAUAUGUCAAAGGGCUUUACCCCAUUCUCAUAACGGGAUAACAAACAGUGUAAUCCAUUCAAGGUUUCAGUAGACAAGCUGUGUGAGCCUUUAUGGCCCUUCGUUCCAUCUAUACCAUGUCAUUCAGCUGGCUUGACCGAAGUUACUCUUGAGUGAUCCUAGUAGAAGCCCAGGAAAUGCGUUGGGACUCUUGAGUGGCUGCAGCUCAGCUCUGUGUGUGACUAGCAGAAGCUGCUCUGCAUGAUGCUUUCCUCUCUUCUGGAACGCCUUGUUAAACUGUAAGCACCUCAUUCCAAAAGAUAGCAACUUUCCUCUUAAUAACUGUAUAUUAAGGUGUAGGAAUUUAGUGCCUCCCUCAAGGUCACCGUUCCACUGAUGCCAGCGUUCUUAAGAAACCAAUAAACCCUCUGGGCUCUGGGUCUUGGCUUUUUUCUGAAGCUCUCCUUUUCUUCUGCACAAAUUAGAGAGAGUAGGUGAGUGCUUUAGGAAUAUUGCCAGGGUCUGUCUCUCCCACCUCCCGACAUGUAACCCACCCCCGUCCCCUGUUUCUCUGGAGCUGCCCUGGAUCUUGUCGCCCUGUGGGGGGCAAACACCGGUGGGAUUAGUUUCAAAGAAGUGCAUUUAAAUGUGUUAGAAGCAAUUCAUUUUGUUUCUACUUCUUAUUUCAACAACCGCCUAAACUCUCUCUCUGUAGCAAGGGAAGUAGCUAGAUUUUGUCAUUCAAGGGCCUCGGGAACAAACUGUGAAGUGUGCACUUAUCUUUGUGCUCCUGGAUUAAGUUCUGUCCUGUGGGGGCGUGUGGCUUGAGCCAAGCUCCCACUCCAUGCUCCUGCCCUGGCACAGGUUUUGAGCUUUUAAGAGGCCACAGUGUCGUGUGGGUGUUUUUCGGUGCUGAGCAAGGAAGCUCUGAGCAUCAUACAGCACCAAGCUCUAAGCAGGCACACCCUGUAGUGCCGUUGAGGCUCCUGGAGAAUCUCCUGUGAUAGGAACAAAACGAACGAUAGCCACAUGUUACUAGAAGCAUGGAGGCAUCUUUACCCCAACCACGAACAGGAGGAGUUCCCUAAAACAGAGUUCUUUCCUAAAAUCACCUUGUGCUAAAGCGGGAUGAUGUGUGGGGAGGAUGAUCCAAGAGAAAGCUCCCCCAUAAGGAAGUGUGGGUCUUUUCUGCAGCAGUGACUUUCCUAGUGGUGCCCCCUGCAGGAUCCCAGCCUGCCUCCUGGAUGAACAGGGACCAAGGGUGGGGGUGAUGUGUGUCUUGUGCACGUUCGAUGCCGUGAAUCUGCACGUCUAACACUUGAGCAACCCCCGCUGGAAAGAGCCUCCGAUCAGCCUCCUAGCAAGUGGAAGGCUUAAGAAAGUGAAGGUCUCUUGUUCCUCCUCUCACAAGGCACCCCUUCCACAUAUGAUGAUGGGAGCCCGGAGUUCCUCUAGCUGUGUCUGCUGCUUAGGACCAGUUAGGAAAGCAAACUUAUUACCCCCUAAGUAAAUCCAGAUGGCAGUUUGCCUUCAGUUCACAUGCAGCUUUGGCCUGUUUGUACAGAAUUAGGGUUUCCUACUCAAAGGAAGUCCAACUGCACAGUGUUCUUUGUUUUCCUUUCUGUAAAACUGCUUCAUACUGGAAACAAGACAAUAUAAAGUUGUGAUGACCAUUUUGUGCUUGAACCAAACUUUAGACUAAGAGUUUAACACAAACUCGGGUAAUAGGAGCGAUGCUGUAGAUUGUAUAAGGAAAGCUACGUAGUUCUUUUCUCAGUGCAGGUCGAUGGAUGCUAAACUGGUUUCCCUCUUCCCCCUCAACACUCCGGGCAUCUUCUCUGCAUUUUGUUUCUGCUGGAGACCGCCAUGAGAUUGGAUGGCUCAAGUAAUGGAUUGCUGGGAAGAUGGUGAAAUUUUGGGGUGAGGGCCCUGUCCGCAGAGGGGAGUGUUACAGAGCUCAGACAUAUUGAUUGUCUUUGCUUGGUGACUCUGUUUUAAUUCUCCUGUAUAGGAACGUACAUGUGUGAGUGUGUGAUGUCUAGAAUGUAAACCUCAUGAUACUUGUAUAAGAGUACUGUAUUUAUGAAGACAAUACAUUACUUUCGUUAAAGACGUUUGUCCUAGGUUAGCGUUGUAUUUUCCAGUUAGGUGCUUGGUUGAGAACAUCUACAACCCACCCUUUUUUCUGCCCUUCCUUAGAAGGUGUGUUGAACCCCAAGAGGUUCUUGGUGGUCAAGGCAAAAGCCCACCUUGGUUGCCGCUAGGAGUCACGAAAACUCCUGUGCCUUUAAGAUUUAACAAGCAACUUUCCUGUUCCUGCAUCUCAGGAAAACCUUCAUCUGUUGACACUCCGGCUGUUCAGUUAAAGGCAGAAGUUUUCCUUUAAUUGCCACAGAUCGAUGAUGGCAAUUAUACCCCAACCCCAAACACCUACCACCCAACCAGGCAGCUGUACCUCCCCCUCUGGUGUUGAUUCUUGAGGACCAAUGUAGCCACUCUCUUAACUUUGCAGAGGAGAGUAGAUCCUAUCAAAGGAAUCUCACGGUUGCUUCCUUUGGGGGUCUUAAACAUAGGCUUGAGCCUUUGUGGCUGUAUUCGCUCACUUGGCUCUCUGCCAGGUGUGAGCACUUCUGAUGCCAGGAAUGAGCAUAAUAAACUGAACUGAUUGCCAGGUACUGAGCUGGACAAUUAUGUGCUUUCCUUUCUUCUGCUGGAGCAAGCAGGGCUUGCAUUUUAUCCCUCAGUGAGUCAGGAGUGGGGAAAACUACAGAUAAGGAGCUAUCUCCUCCCCUCCCCAAUUUUUUUUUUUAAAUUCUUUGGGCUGUAUCCUGGCUGGGCUGCUUCCAGUUGAGCCAUGGAUUUGCAGAUAGAGAUGUCUAGAUGGUAGCUUGUCCUGCUCCCUGGUGGAACAUGGCAGUGUGUGGUGGAAUGUGCCCCCAUCCUGCCCUCAUCCUGCUCAUCUCCAACUGUAGAACCCAGCACUAGCUGAGCACCCUUUGGAAGGUGCAGAUGCUGGAAAUGCUGCUGUAGCCUCCCCAGAGCCAGUCUGACAUCACAGCUCUCUGGGUGUGCCUUUGGGAGUGGCUUAAAUCACCUUUUCCCUAGAUUUCAGGAGCAUCGCAGUAAAAGAGUUGGAGAAUGCUAGUUGCAUCAGCCUGCUUCAUCCCUUGUGAUGCACCAAGACACAUGCAACACCCCAUAAACGGUGCCUAGAAGCCCAUCAGGGGCUCAGUAGACCCUGUUUUUGCUGCCUGCGUGGAGCUCCAUUCUGCUUGGUGGCUCACAACUUGUGCAGCCUGGCCUGAAACACUUGAUCCCUGUUGCUCUCAAGUAGCCCAGAAACCCCUCUUUGCUUCUCAUAUCUGGCAGGGACCAGAAAUGGAAGUCUGGCUUUAUGAUCUCUCCUGAGAUUCUGCUGGGCCCUCAAAACGUUGAAUGUCCAUUAAGUCUGUUGCAUGUUUUUCCUCACUAGGCGAAAGGCCUUCUCAUUGAUGUUAUGUUCCAUUUCUUCAUGUAUUAUUCAUAACCGGGGAGCAGAGGAGUGUUCUGCACACUUGCAGGGUUACUCUUUUCUAGAGAUUGUGACCAGUAAGGCAGAGCUGCAGAAGAAAGGGACCAAUAUUGCCCUGCUUGCCUUAUUGUGGUCAAAACUAUAAAAAGCCUAAUUUGAAAGACAAACUUUCUACUAAACAGCUUUUAGAAAUUUGUAGCAAGAAUGUCUUUUCUAUAUAAACAUGUAUUAAAGCCAAA